AUGAAGAUCAGCUUCACAGCACUCGCAGCGCUCGCUGUCCCAGCAUUUUCGCAAUCUACAACAGCUGGACCUCUCACGCCCAUCGUCACUCCACCAUGGGCAUCCUCAGACCUUCCUAAAUGGUCAUCCCUCUACAACUCCCUCGUCUCUGCUGGCAAGGUCCCCACAACACUCACAGCUGCACCCUGGCCAACCGGCGGCUACGGACCCGGCUCAGGACCAUGGGGCCCAGGAUAUCACAAUGACGAUGACGAUAACGACGGUCCUGGGGGUCGCGGUGGCCCUGGACGCUGGGGAGGACCCAACGGCCCCGGUCCUUGGGGAACAGGCAGCUACGGCCCGUGGAGCGACUGGGCCACCAAAUCCGACUGGCGCUCCAGCCCCUGGACAGCGUGGUGGGGCGGCAGCGCGUGUCCGCCUUCAGACUGGCCGGGCUGGACUGCUGGGCCAUGGAGCACCGCCGCACCGUGGACGACGUGGUCGGGAUGUACGGCUAGCACGACAGCGACGAGCGUGGGGACUGCUACUGUGAACGGCACCGUGACACCGACGACGGCCUAUGGACUGCAGGUUGCUGCUGCUAGUGGUACGGGUGCGGUGGUUACGACGGGCAGCACGGGUGGUGCUGAUAUGAAGACUGUGAGUAUGGGGUUGGCGGUUGGUGCUGCUGUGCUUGGAUUAGCUGUUGGUCUCUAA